UGAAACAGAAAAAAAAAAAAACAACAUGGCGCAAUGUCGUUAUUUGGAGUGUUUUUAUUUCCCCAUUUAGACAGAAAACGCUUCAGAAAACUGACAGUAGAGGUUUGAAAAUUAUAUUUAUUUGUACUUACAUUUUCGCUGCUCAAAAUGACUUGAUAUUCACCGUCUGAUAUAACCGUGUAAAUCAAUUUUUGUAUACAAUUUGUAUACAAACAUCGUGGAACGCCGCUUAUUAGGAACUGAGAACUCCCGGCAAUCCCGAAUUUGCUAUUCAGAUAUUGUGUAUUCACUCCAUUAAAGUUGCUAAUGUCCUUGGGAAAAGUGUGAACGUCACAACGUUCCUUUUUACCAAUCUGUUUUAGAAAUUAUUAGACAAAAAGAGUAAUUUUUAAAAACUAGUAUACUUAACGAACCAUCGACUGAUCAAGUUCUCGAUUCGCAUCUAUCUUCUGAAGAUGGCUAAUCUUAGCUUCAUAGACGAUGAAUCUAUUCAUCGUUUGGAAGGCAGCAGUGAAAAAGUUGGGGGUUUGGUUGUGAUGAAGAAAAGCCCUUCUUCCACUGACACUUCGUUCAAGUUUCAAAAACCAGGUGUAUCCCUCUUGGGUCUCGACAGACUGGCUGCCCAAAAGCGUAAAGUCCAUGACCACGGAGAUACAGAAGAAUCAAAAGAGAAGAGUCCCAAAGGAAAUAUUGAAGAAAUAAGAUCGAAAUCCCAUAAAGAGAGACAUUAUCGUGCUCCACGAGAUGAGACCCCAUCACAUCCCGGGGGUGUCAAUACUGUAGCAAAGGAAAAGAUCAAAAGUCGUCAUCAUCGAGAGCGUGGGGUUUUUGCAUCAUCAAAAGACAGCAAGAAGCAUAGGAGUGAAACAUCGGAGAAUGAGUCUCGAAGUUGGCAGCGGAAAAGCGAUCGAGAUAAAAGCUCCAAGCACCGAGACAGAGAUGAACGAGAGCGAAGCAGGCAUCGAGACCAUCAUAAAAGUUCUCAUAGGAGGAGAGAUGACCACAGUGAGAGAAGCAGCCGAAGUGGGUCAGAAUCUUCUUCAAGAGAAAAUAGAAGUGUGCGAAGCAGUUCUCGUAGCUGGGAAUUCUCUGAACGGGAAAACACACCAUUAACGAAAGCUGCCUGGGAUGAUGAUGAUGGUGUUCCUGCCACAAAGUCUAGUUGGGAUCUGGCAUCUGUUGGUGGGACACCUUACACGGAUGAUAGGAGUGAACGUAGUGAUGCAUGGGUGGACAGAGACAGAAGCAGGGCAAGUGAGUCAAGGUCUUUUCAGAAAAUUUCUGAAACUCCCCUUCCUACACCCACCUAUAAACACAACAAGUGGAUGAAUGACAGAGACAGAAGGCAAUCAUCACGCAGAGAGAAAUUAGAUAUCAAAUUUGAAACUGAAGAAGAAAAAAACGAUUGGGAAGAUGAACAGAAACGUCUUGAUCGAGAAUGGUAUGGCAUGGAUGAGGGUUAUGAUGACGAGCACAACCCAUUCUCUGGAACUUCCAAUGAAUACACGAAAAAGAAAGAAGAAGAAAUGGAACAGAGGAAGAAGAAAAGAAUGUCAGCUCGUCAGAGACAAAUCAACAAGGAUAUUGAAAUGUGGGAGACAAACCGGAUGCUGAGGAGUGGAGUGGUCACCAAAAUCGGUUACGAUGAUGACUUUGAGGAAGACAAUGAGGCCCGUGUUCAUUUACUAGUGCACAACACAGUGCCACCUUUCCUUGAUGGUAGAAUUGUAUUCACCAAACAACCAGAGCCUGUAAUCCCUGUGAAGGACCCCACUUCAGACAUGGCUGUAGUGUCCCGCAAAGGCUGUGCAGUUGUAAGAUCAUACAGAGAACAGAAGGAACGGAAGAAGGCCCAAGUGAAGCACUGGGAACUGGCUGGAACCAAAAUUGGUGAAAUUAUGGGAGUGAAAAAGGAAGAUGAAACUGACAAAAAUGGAGAUGUAGAUUAUAAAACUGGCCACAAGUUUGCAGAAGUGAUGUCUGACCACAAUGAAGCUGUUAGCGAUUUUGCUAAACGUCGUACCAUCUUACAACAGAGACAGUACUUGCCUAUUUUUGCUGUGCGAAAUGAGCUGUUGAACAUCGUCCGAGACAACAGUGUGGUGAUUAUUGUUGGAGAGACAGGCUCAGGGAAAACUACACAGUUGACUCAGUAUCUUCAUGAAGAUGGCUAUACCAACUAUGGCAUGGUCGGCUGUACACAGCCGCGUCGAGUCGCUGCCAUGUCUGUUGCCAAACGUGUUUCUGAAGAAAUGUCUGUUGAACUUGGUGAACAAGUUGGGUAUGCUAUUCGAUUUGAAGAUUGUACUUCUGAGAAUACACUCAUAAAAUAUAUGACAGAUGGUAUUCUGUUGCGAGAGUCUUUGAGAGAAUCUGACUUGGAUAAUUACAGUGCCAUCAUAAUGGAUGAAGCUCAUGAAAGGUCGCUCAGUACAGAUGUUCUCUUUGGUCUGCUACGAGAAGUAGUUUCUCGAAGGCAAGAUUUGAAGCUGAUUGUUACAUCAGCCACCAUGGAUGCAUCUAAAUUCUCAACUUUCUUUGGAAAUGUUCCCAUUUUUAAAAUUCCUGGCCGAACAUUCCCUGUUGAUGUGUUGUUCAGUAAAAACCCUGUUGAAGACUAUGUUGAUUCUGCUGUAAAACAGGCCAUGCAGAUCCAUCUCCAACAAGCAGAAGGUGAUAUUUUGGUAUUUAUGCCUGGUCAGGAAGAUAUUGAGGUGACGUGUGAAUUGAUAUCAGAACGUCUUUCACAGCUUGAUGAUCCCCCACCCUUGGCCAUUCUUCCAAUAUAUUCACAACUUCCUAGUGAUUUACAAGCGAAGAUUUUCCAGAAAGCUCCAGAUGGCAUCCGGAAAUGUGUGGUUGCCACAAAUAUUGCUGAAACUUCUCUGACAGUUGAUGGUAUUAUGUUUGUCAUUGAUUCCGGUUACUGCAAACUAAAAGUGUUUAAUCCCAAAAUUGGUAUGGAUGCCCUUCAAGUAUUCCCCAUCAGUCAGGCCAAUGCUAAUCAGCGAUCUGGACGUGCUGGUCGAACUGGACCAGGGCAAUGUUACCGCCUAUAUACUGAAAGACAGUAUAAAGAUGAAAUGCUGGUCACUUCAGUUCCAGAGAUCCAAAGAACAAACUUGGCCAAUGUUGUAUUGCUUUUGAAAUCCCUUGGGGUCCAAGAUCUCUUGCAGUUUCAUUUUAUGGACCCACCUCCACAGGACAAUAUACUGAAUUCUAUGUAUCAGCUGUGGAUUCUUGGUGCUUUAGACAACACAGGCAUGCUUACACCACUUGGCCGUCAAAUGGUAGAAUUUCCUUUAGAUCCUGCCUUAUCAAAAAUGCUUAUAAUUUCAAUGGAGAUGGAAUGUAGUGCUGAAAUUCUUGUAAUUGUUUCAAUGCUAUCUGUGCCUGCCAUAUUCUACAGACCAAAAGGACGAGAGGAAGAUUCUGAUUCUUCAAGAGAGAAGUUCCAAGUGCCUGAGAGUGACCAUUUAACUUAUCUGAAUGUCUAUCAGCAAUGGAAAAGAAAUGGUUACUCAGCGAACUGGUGCAAUGAACAUUUCAUCCACAUAAAAGCCAUGAGAAAGGUGCGAGAAGUACGGCAACAGCUGAAAGAGAUUAUGGACCAACAGAAGAUGGAUUUGAUCUCCUGUGGAAACGACUGGGAUGUUGCACGGAAAAGCAUUUGUUCAUCCUAUUUCCACCAGGCUGCAAGACUCAAGGGCAUUGGAGAAUAUGUUAACUGCCGAACGGGGAUGCCAUGUCACUUACACCCUACCAGUGCCCUCUUUGGCAUGGGCUACAAUCCUGACUAUAUUGUCUACCAUGAAUUGGUUAUGACAUCCAAGGAAUACAUGCAAUGUGUAACUGCUGUGGAUGGUCAGUGGCUAGCAGAGAUGGGACCAAUGUUUUAUACAAUUAAGGACUCGACAAAGUCAAGACAGGAUCGUAAGAAACAGGUGAAGGAAGAGAUGACAGCAAUGGAAGAUGAGAUGAAAAGAGCUGAUGAACUGAUCAAAGCCAGGAAGGAGCAACAAGAACGGUCUGCCCUUGGUUCUAAAAGGUCAAAUAUUGCUACCCCAGGGAGAGUGGAUCCAGCAACUCCUUGGUCAAGUAGGAAAUCAUCCGGGAAAUUUGGCCUGUGAAUAUAGCAUGCGUGUGAGAGGAGCAGGAAGAGAGGCGUUUUGUAAAUAAUUUAUGAAAUUGUUUCUAAUAAAUUUGUUGAAAAUUAA